AUGAAGGGCUUCCUCGGUCUGGCACUUCUGCCGCUCCUCACAGCUGCCUCGCCCACCAUGGGUGUGGAGUCUAUCCACAACGGAGCAGCUCCCAUCCUCUCCGCCAUGAACGCCCAGGAGAUUCCGGACUCCUACAUCGUCGUAUUCAAGAAGCAUGUUGAUUCCUCAGCUGCCGCUGCUCACCACAGCUGGGUGCAGGACAUCCACGCCACGACCAACGGUCGCUUGGAGCUGAAGAAGCGCGGUCUGUUCGGCUUCGACACCGAGGCCUUCCUGGGCAUCAAGCACUCUUUCCACGUGGCUGGCUCAUUGAUGGGCUAUGCCGGUCACUUCCACGAGGAUGUCAUUGAGCAGGUCCGCCGGCAUCCGGAUGUCGAGUACAUUGAGAAGGACACUGAGGUUCACCACUUCGAAGACCCCGCUGUUGAGAAGAACGCCCCCUGGGGUCUCGCUCGUAUUUCCCACCGCGAUAGCCUUUCUUUUGGCACCUUUAAUAAGUAUCUCUAUGCCGAGGAUGGUGGUGAGGGUGUUGAUGCCUACGUCAUCGACACCGGUACCAACACCGACCACGUUGACUUCGAGGGUCGUGCCAACUGGGGCAAGACCAUCCCCGAGGGCGAUGCUGAUGAGGAUGGCAACGGUCACGGUACUCACUGCUCUGGUACCAUUGCCGGUAAGAAGCACGGUGUCGCCAAGAAGGCCAACGUCUACGCUGUCAAGGUCCUUCGCUCCAACGGCUCCGGUACCAUGUCCGAUGUCGUGAAGGGUGUCGAGUGGGCCGCCGAGGCUCACAUCAAGAAGGCCAAGUCUGGCAAGAAGGGCUUCAAGGGUAGCGUUGCCAACAUGUCUCUGGGCGGUGGCUCCUCCCGUACCCUCGACCUUGCCGUGAACGCUGCUGUCGAUGCUGGUAUUCACUUUGCCGUUGCCGCUGGCAAUGACAACGCUGAUGCUUGCAACUACUCCCCCGCUGCUGCUGAGAAGGCUGUCACUGUCGGCGCCUCCACUCUGGCUGAUGAGCGUGCCUACUUCUCCAACUACGGAAAGUGCACUGACAUCUUUGCCCCUGGCCUGAACAUUCUGUCCACCUGGAUCGGCAGCAAGUACGCCGUCAACACCAUCUCUGGUACUUCCAUGGCCUCUCCUCACAUUGCUGGUCUGCUGGCCUACUACGUCUCUCUCCAGCCCGCGGAUGACUCUGCCUACGCUGUCGAGAAGGUCACCCCCAGGAAGCUGAAGGAGGCUUUGAUUGAGAUUGCCACCGUCGGCGCCCUCUCUGACAUUCCCUCCGACACCCCCAACCUUCUCGCCUGGAACGGUGGUGGUUCUUCCAACUACACCGACAUCCUCGCCAAAGGUGGCUACAAGGCCGGUUCUACCAUCCAGGAUGUUGAGGACCGCAUUCACGAGGCCAUCGGCCACGCUGAGCAGGUCAUGCACAAGGAGCUUGGCGCUAUCUACAGCGAGAUCAAAGAUGCUGUUGCCGUCUAG